GCCUGUGGUCCACAUCCCUGCCGAGCCGGAGCGCCUGCGCGUUGGCCGCCAACUCGCUCUAGUCGCUGUAGUCGGGGCUCGGGACCGGCUGCCAUCUUAGUCGAGGGACUGAGGAGUCGUCGCCGCCCCGAGUCCCGGUAACAUGCAUUUAACAGUGGCCUUCUGGAGACAACGCCUUAACCCAAAGAAGUGACUCCAGCUGUGAGAACUUCAGUGUGUCCUUUGCCAUGUUCAGGUUUGCCGUCCUGUUGGUGGUAUGUCUGGCAGUGGAUCGCAGCUUGGUUCAAUGGGUAGCCUGACCAUGAAAUCACAGCUUCAGAUCACUGUCAUUUCAGCAAAACUUAAAGAAAAUAAAAAGAAUUGGUUUGGACCAAGUCCUUAUGUGGAAGUCACAGUUGAUGGACAGUCAAAGAAGACAGAAAAAUGCAACAAUACGAACAGUCCCAAAUGGAAGCAACCCCUUACAGUUAUUGUCACCCCUGUGAGUAAAUUGCAUUUUCGCGUGUGGAGUCAUCAGACACUGAAAUCUGAUGUUUUGUUGGGAACUGCUGCAUUAGAUAUCUUUGAAACCUUAAAGUCAAACAACAUGAAACUUGAGGAAGUAGUUGUGACUUUACAGCUUAUAGGUGACAAAGAGCCAACAGAGACAAUGGGAGACUUGUCAGUUUGUCUUGAUGGGCUGCAGUUAGAGUCUGAAGUUGUUACCAAUGGUGAAACUACAUGUUCAGAAAGUGCUUCACAGAAUGAUGAUGGCUCUAGACCGAAGGAUGAAGCAAGAACAAAUCCAAAUGGAUCAGAUGAACCUGAGGAUUCAGGGGCUGGUGAAAAUAGGAAGGUCAAUGGGAAUAAUUCUCCAUCACUCUCAAAUGGCGGUUUUAAACCUUCUAGGCCUCCAAGACCUUCACGACCACCUCCACCUACCCCACGUAGACCAGCAUCUGUCAAUGGUUCACCAUCUGCUACUUCUGAAAGUGAUGGAUCCAGUACAGGCUCUCUGCCACCAACAAAUAUAAAUUCAAAUACAUCUGAAGGAGCAACAUCUGGAUUAAUAAUUCCUCUUACUAUAUCUGGAGGCUCAGGCCCUAGGCCAUUAAAUACUGUACCUCAAGCUCCCCUACCACCUGGUUGGGAGCAGAGAGUGGACCAGCAUGGGCGAGUUUACUACGUAGAUCAUAUUGAAAAAAGAACAACGUGGGAUAGACCAGAACCUCUACCUCCUGGCUGGGAACGGCGGGUUGACAACAUGGGACGUAUUUAUUAUGUUGACCAUUUCACAAGAACAACAACGUGGCAGAGGCCGACAUUGGAAUCUGUCCGGAACUAUGAACAGUGGCAACUCCAACGUAGUCAGCUUCAAGGAGCAAUGCAGCAAUUUAACCAGAGAUUCAUUUAUGGGAAUCAGGAUUUGUUUACUACAUCGCAAAAUAAAGAAUUUGAUCCCCUUGGUCCCCUGCCUCCUGGAUGGGAGAAGAGAACAGACAGCAAUGGUAGAGUAUAUUUUGUCAACCACAACACUCGUAUUACACAAUGGGAGGACCCCAGAAGUCAAGGUCAAUUAAAUGAAAAGCCCUUACCUGAAGGCUGGGAAAUGAGAUUCACAGUAGAUGGAAUUCCAUAUUUUGUGGACCACAAUAGAAGAACAACCACCUAUAUUGAUCCCCGCACUGGAAAAUCUGCUCUAGACAAUGGACCACAGAUAGCCUACGUACGGGACUUCAAGGCAAAGGUUCAGUAUUUCCGGUUCUGGUGUCAGCAACUGGCAAUGCCACAGCACAUAAAGAUUACAGUGACAAGAAAAACAUUGUUUGAAGAUUCCUUUCAGCAGAUAAUGAGCUUCAAUCCCCAAGAUCUGCGAAGACGUUUGUGGGUGAUUUUUCCAGGAGAAGAAGGUUUAGAUUAUGGAGGUGUAGCAAGAGAGUGGUUCUUUCUUUUGUCACACGAGGUGUUGAACCCCAUGUAUUGCCUGUUUGAAUAUGCAGGAAAGGAUAACUACUGCCUGCAGAUUAAUCCUGCUUCUUACAUCAAUCCAGAUCACCUGAAAUAUUUUCGUUUUAUUGGCAGGUUUAUUGCCAUGGCUUUGUUCCAUGGGAAAUUCAUAGACACAGGUUUUUCUUUGCCAUUCUAUAAGCGUAUAUUGAACAAACCAGUUGGACUCAAGGAUUUAGAAUCUAUUGAUCCAGAAUUUUACAAUUCUCUCAUCUGGGUUAAAGAAAACAAUAUUGAGGAAUGUGGUUUGGAAAUGUACUUCUCUGUCGAUAAAGAAAUUUUAGGUGAAAUCAAGAGUCAUGAUUUGAAACCUAAUGGUGGCAAUAUUCUUGUGACAGAAGAAAAUAAAGAGGAAUAUAUCAGAAUGGUAGCUGAAUGGAGGUUGUCUCGAGGUGUUGAAGAACAGACACAAGCUUUCUUUGAGGGCUUUAAUGAAAUUCUUCCCCAGCAGUAUUUGCAAUACUUUGAUGCAAAGGAAUUAGAGGUCCUUUUAUGUGGAAUGCAAGAGAUUGAUUUGAAUGACUGGCAAAGACAUGCCAUCUACCGUCAUUACACUAGGACAAGCAAACAAAUCAUGUGGUUUUGGCAGUUUGUUAAAGAAAUUGAUAAUGAGAAGAGAAUGAGACUUCUGCAGUUUGUUACUGGAACUUGUCGAUUGCCAGUUGGAGGAUUUGCUGACCUCAUGGGGAGCAAUGGACCACAGAAAUUCUGCAUUGAAAAAGUUGGGAAAGAAAACUGGUUACCCAGAAGUCAUACCUGUUUUAACCGCCUGGACCUGCCACCCUACAAGAGCUAUGAGCAACUGAAGGAAAAGCUGUUAUUUGCCAUUGAAGAAACAGAAGGAUUUGGACAAGAGUGACUUCCGAGAACUUGUGCCACCAAAGGACAAGAACUUAUUUACAAUGUUUGUCCUUUUCCUUCUCUGCUUGUUGCACAUCUUGUUGUAAAAUUGGGCUGUGACUGUUUAGAGAGUUAUUUGAGUAUAAGUAAGUUAAUGUUAUCAUUGAGAUUUAUCUCCCAGUGAUUCUGGAUUUCUACUCCAUGUUUCCAGAAAUCAGAUUGCAAAUGACUAGUCGAACCUUACUUAACAUGAGAUUUAACAGCAAUGAAAUCUGCCUUGUCUUAUUCCACUAGAUUGUUACCUUAACAACAGUUUUGUAUACAUGUGUCAAAAGUCUCGCUUGGGAGUAGAUUUUUUCUUUUAGAGACUUCUGCAGAUAUGCAGGGAAGUCCCUUGGUAAAUGAAAUAUGUAAGAUCUUCCUAUUAAGUCUCUUGGUAAGAGGUAUUGGUUAAAAGUGCAAACUUAACCCAGCUUCUGGGGAUGUGAGCAAACUUCUGGCUUGUGCUCUCCCUCUCAUUUCAGCCUGGCCUGACUGUUUUUUCUUCCCAGAGCAUGAAUCCAUGCAUCAUUUUGCUGUUACCCCUGGAAAGUGAUGCAAAACUCUUGCAUCUCUCUACAAAAGUAGUUUUGUUAAUUUGAAUUCAGGGAGAAGUUGGUUCCAGCCUGCAAAUGUCCAUAUAACUCUCUUCAUUUGGAAGUUUGAUUGUUUUAAUUGCCUUGCAAAUACUAAACUUUAUAAAAAAUAUUAACACUGUGCUUCCUUCACGGUGAUAGCUAAAUUCAUCAAACGCCAUCAUUGGCAAUUUUUGUAUGUUAUUAUAUAUAAAUUCCAUCUAUAAUUUUAUCAUAAUCCAACAACUUCAGUUUAUUAGUUAUUGCUAGGGAGUUCAAGUUGUAACUAGAGUACUUUCCAGUCCAAAGAGGGAGGUCAGUGAAACAUCCUCUACAUUACAUUUACAUAGGGAGGGAGAGCUGUGGUACUGGCUAAAGAGAUGGGAGUAGUACAUUUAAUAGCAAUACAUUUCUAGUAAUCACAGAAAUGUAUUCUGUGUGUGAAUUAAAAGUCUUCAAAUUUAAUCAUUUCUCUGACACCUUGGAGUAAUCUUUUCCAUUCUUUACAUUGUCCUGAGUUGGAUAUCCUCUUCACUCAUAAAGUUUUAACAGGUUUUUCCUUGUUUUUCCCAUGACUAUUUAAUUUCAGACUGCUCCAUUAGUAUCUGAUUAAAUGCACUUUGAAUGUCUCUGUAGUUAAUUCUUUUAACUUGGCCUAGCUUAGACUCUGUCAGGGUGGCUGCUGUCAGAGGUUUGACUUUAUGGACAGUGGGAUGAAGCCUCAGCCAGCUGAGUGCCUAUCACACACAGCUGAACCCUGAGGACAGCCUCAUAUAAUUCAUGAAACAGGGCUUUGGUAGGUUUUGGUAGCAUAGCAGGAACAAGUAGUACUGAGCCAAAAAUAAGCAGAGAGUAGCAAACCCCUGGUCCAUAUGGAAAGAAAAUGGUUUUUCUUUGUCCCUAUUUGUCCUUUCACAUCCUGGAAGCAACAAAAACAUUUUAAAACUUGUGUAUCUCUACUCUAAAACACUGCCAUCAUAAAGCAGACCUAAGUGAGUAAAAGGGUUGCCUCAUCUAGAAAUUGUUAGUGUAAAGGUGGGGGGAAUUAGGUUCUCCCCAACCCUAUCUUUGUUUUUUUAUUCCAUAUACUCCAGGAAAUGUAUGAUCUCUAAAAGCCCUGGUUUCCAAAGUAGGGACUCUGCCUUUUUUGUUGGUAGGGGGGAAAAUGCUAUUGCUUUGUCUUACAGAGCGAAUGUCUGCCAACUAUCCAUUCAUUAUAUAAAUCUGAACUUUGGUAAUAUAUGGCUGUGGAGAUUAAGCCUUCUAUAAAGACUUACUAUUGAGGCAAAUUCUCAUUAAAAUGUAGUUAUCUACAAUAUUUACUAGAGAUUUAUAAGAUUAAAUUAAUGUAAGAAAGUAGACUUGUUUUUGUUCUACAUAAUGCUUGAUGAUUCAUUUAGGGACCUAGAAAUAUUGUGUGAAAAUGUAUAAAUAUCACCCAAAAGGCUUUCUGCCCUAUAUUUUUAAAAUACAGAAUAGUUAUAUUUGAAGUAGCCCUGGCCCUAGUUCUAUAGGGCUUGGCUAUUUAAUAUUUUUAUGGAAGAAACGUUUAGUUCUGGAAAAGGUAAAUGCUUGUAUAUAUUUUUGCAGCCUGGGAUCUCCCUUACUCCAUUUCUUCCUUUAAUUUAAGUGGCCACAUGUAUAUGUCUUCCCUGCUGUGUUAGGAAAAUGGGGGCUGGAUAUCCCAAGAAUCAGAGGUUAUAUAAAAAUACUACAAAUAAGCAGCAGACAUAAUUUACCUGCCAAAUGCUAUUUUAAAUUUUGGUCCAAACUGAACAUUUGGAAAUAGAUUUAUUGUAAGUGUUCAAUUAGAGCAAUUUCUUAAAUCUGAACUAAAUUGCUUUUAGAGUCCUUUUUCUUUGUAAGCAUUGUAAAUGCUAAUAAAUCCUGGUUUUUUGGGGGGUUUUUUGUUUUUGUUUUUGUUUUUUUUUUACUGCAUGUUAUGUUGAAAUAAAAACAAAGUAAAAUGAGCAAUUGCCUUAUUCUUCUGCUCUUUUGGGAGAUUGGGGAAGGCAGCAUUUCACAGCCUGGGUCAGGAGGGAAGGACCUCACUUGUUUCAGAUAGAGUGGUUUAAAACUGAUCCAGCAGCUCAUAAUAAUGAAUUCCUGCUCUUUUAUGAACUUAAAUCAGAGUGCAGAAGAAUCUAAUUUCAUAAGACUUACAAUAACUCUAUUUAAAAUUCAGGUACUAAUUUUUCCUCAAGAGAUUGACAUACCAAUGUCAAAUCAUCAAAAAUUUAAGUGAAAAAUGACUCACUUGCUCACAAAGAUUGCAUCCUAAAUGAACUAUUUCAGUCAAGCCCACUCUGCCACUUUUUAUUUAUCUGAUUAAUAAUCUAAAAUGUUAUCAGGGAUGACUCAUGGAAUUAGACUUCUCUAUUUCUAUAUCCCUCCUUGUUUUGGCUGUAACUGUAUCUGAACUUCUUUAGGUUUAUUACUUCUACUUAAUAUUGUUGGUAUCUCCAGCCCCCUUAUUUUUUGUUUUUCUUUUAGAGUUAUUUACAAGAUGAUCUGUAUAUAUGCUAUGCUCUCAUUUACUAAAAACAGAGAAUGGCAGCACUGGAUUGUAUAUUACUGUAUUGGAGUUCCUUUGUUUUCUUGAACUGUAAUUUCAAAUACUCAGGUAACUCUACAAAUAUCACAGGGAGUCAAGUGCUCUUAUAAAGGUCCUUCAGGGGGCUGCCUCACUUGCAUUUCCUUAAAAGAUGUAAGACUGUGUUUAUAAUUAAACUCUUUUGGUCCUUUGCACACUGUUAUGUUAGUCUUGAGUAAGAAGGUUUUCCUCACCUGCAGCAAAAAAAAAAAGCCUUCUUUCUGUGUGAAUUGUAUAGAUUUCUGCCUCUCUGUCUUUGUAAGUGCGCAAGUUGUAGCUGGUCUGUACUGUGGAGUAGGUAGAAAAAAACUGGAAAGACCCACUGAGGUGAGAUUGGAUUUGUUGCCUAUGUUAAGAAGAACCAAGAUGAAGACCUCUCCUUUUCUAAAACAAGUAAAGGUGCUCUAAGACAGGACCCAAGCAUGGGUGCUGAAUAGAAAACCACCAGCUAGUUAUCAAGACUGACCUCAAUGAGUUAUCCUGCUCAAUAGAUUCAGUAGACUCUUUUCUUAUUAGGAAACCAGGUGAUCACGCUCUCAUUUAAAAUAGAACCAGUGGCGAGAGGCUAAGAGGAAUGGGAUUUUAAUAUUUUUAAAAAAUAUUUGUUUAUUUUGAAAGAGCAGGAGAGGGGCAGAGAGGGAGAUAGAGAAUCCCAAGCAGGCUGUGUGCUGUCAGUACAGAGCCAGAUGCAGGGCUUGUACUCAUGAACCAUAAGAUCAUGACCUGAGCCAAGAUGAAGAGUCAGACGCUUGACUAAUUGAGCCACACAGGAGUCCCAUGAUUUUUUUUUUUUUUUUUUUUUUAAUAAUUCUGAACUGGCAGGGACUAGAGGACAGAAACUGCAGGUCCCUUCCAGGUCCUGAGAAGUAGACACUAUCCUGUUCAUUGUUUCAUACAAGCAGCUAGAAAGAUCUAGCUUCAGUGUGACUAAGAAAAAGGGAGAACUGUCCCUCCCAGCAUGAGGAAAUCUUCCAUGGGAAGUUAAUUGUUCUUAACCAUUUGGCUUACUGGCCCCAAUCCCUGCAAAGAACAUCAAACAAAACUCAGCUGUGGCUGAUGGGCUGCUGUUACCUGGACUUUUAAGAAAUGUCUCCUAGUGUGUAAUUCUAGAAGAGAAAUUGCUGUCACUCCCAGCCUAUUUCAGUUAUCAGUGUUUGUAAAGCUCCUUUAUCAGGAGUUGACAAGGAGAGGAGGGUCUUAAGUGGAGACCUCAGAAGGACAGUGUUGGUCCCUUACUAACAGAUUCCCAUUAAGCAAAGCUGCUGUGGGCAAGAGGGUUUCCUCAAGGCACCCUACAGGGCAGGCAGGACCUUGAGAAUUUGUGGUUAUACCUACAGAUCUGAAAACCUCCAUACUGUUCCUUUUCGUCAUUUCUAAUUAAGACCUGCUCUUCUAUUUGUCUUCCCUAUCCUGGCAACCAAUACCAUACCUACAUUCACUUAGUCCCAGGACAACGAUCAUUUAUUACUAUGUCCCAAACAUUAUUGGAUAUGCCACAUGCAACUGUCAUUUAGUCUUCCUGGCCACUCUCAAGGAUGAUUAUUUCUAUUUUACAGAU